GUCGUCUUCUCUUGGAGUUGAUUCUCACAUCGGAACUCACUGAUCCUGAGUCAUUCUCACUAUCAGAUCCAGAUAUUAAGAAGUCAAGCCAUGGUGCCUUUGGGGAGAAAUGCCGGGUUGUCCUGCCUGCUGUGCCGUGGGUGACGAAGAGAAACUCUCUGUUGAAUGCUGUGCCCCUGAGUCUCCUACACAGUCUCGGAGUGGCUCACUCAUCAGUCUACAGGGAGGGCCAGGAACACAAUGAACAAACUGAACUUCCACAAUAACAGAGUCAUGCAGGACCGAAGGAGUGUUUGUAUUUUCCUCCCCAAUGACGAUUCCCUCAACAUCAUCAUCAAUGUUAAAAUAUUGUGCCAUGAGUUACUUGUCCAAGUUUGUGACCUGCUACGGCUGAAGGAUGGGCAUCUCUUUGGGCUCAGUGUGAUACAAAAUAAUGAGCAUGUAUAUAUGGAAUUAUCCCAGAAGCUCUACAAGUACUGCCCAAAAGAAUGGAAGAAGGAAGCGAGCAAGGGUAUAGACCAGUUUGGUCCCCCGAUGAUCAUUCACUUUCGAGUGCAGUAUUAUGUGGAGAAUGGUCGCCUGAUCAGUGACCGAACUGCACGCUACUAUUAUUACUGGCAUCUGAGGAAACAAGUCCUGCGCUCUCAGUGCAUGCUGCGCGAAGAGGCCUAUUUCCUCCUGGCGGCCUUUGCAUUGCAAGCUGACCUGGGCAAUUUCAAAAGGAACAAGCAUUUUGGGAAAUACUUUGAACCCGAGGCAUACUUUCCUGCUUGGGUGGUGGCCAAGAGAGGAAAGGAUUACAUCCUGAAGCACAUCCCCAUCAUGCACAAAGACCAGUGUGCUCUGACCGCCUCUGAAGCCCAUCUCAAGUACAUCAAGGAAGCUGUUAGGCUGGACGACAUAGCUGUCCAUUAUUAUAGAUUGUACAAGGACAAGAAGGAAAUUGAGGCUUCCCUCUCCCUUGGGCUUACCACAAGGGGAAUCCAAAUAUUCCAGAAUGUAAACAAUGAAAGACAACUGCUGUAUGACUUCCCUUGGACAAAUGUAGGAAAACUUGUAUUUGUGGGCAAGAGGUUUGAGAUUCUGCCUGAUGGCCUGCCAUCUGCUCGCAAGCUCACCUACUACACUGGCUGCCCCUUGCGAUCUCGGCACCUUCUGCAGCUCCUGAGCAAUAGCCACCGCCUCUACAUGAACCUGCAGCCUGUCCUGCGGCAGAUCAGGAAGCUAGAGGAGAAUGAAGAGAAAAAACAAUACCGCGAGUCCUACAUCAGCGAUGCUCUAGACCUUGAUAUGGAUCAACUAGAGAAGCGUUCCCGGGCCAGCGGAAGUAGUUCAGGCAGCAUAAAGCACAAGCGUCUCUCCCGCCACUCAACUGCUAGCCAUAGUAGCUCCCACACCUCUGGAAUUGAGACUGAUCCAAAGCCCAGGGAACGGAGCACUGAGGAGGACUUCAUGGUGGCUGCUGCGCAUCGCCAGCUGAGAGCUUGCAGCUCUAUGACCAGUCAUGGUAGUUCUCACACCUCUGGAGUAGAAAGCAGUGAGAAGGAACGCCUGGAGGAAGACUCCUCUCAGGAGGAUGAAAUAGAAAUGCUGGUUGAUGAUCCUCGAGAUCUUGAGCCAACAAGCGAAACAUCUCUGGAUGAUGUCAACCCUGAUGUCUGCAUUUACAUCACAGAGGACAUGCUGAUGGCCAGGAAGUUUAACGGACAUUCGGGAUUAGUUGUCAAAGAAGUGAAUUCGUCUACUUCCAGCUCCUCGGAGACAGUGGUGAAACUUCGUGGCCAGAGCAUUGAUUCACUGCCACAGACCAUCUGCCAGAAGCCAAGGACCUCCACUGACCGCCACAGCUUAAGUCUGGAUGACAUUCGGCUCUACCAAAAAGACUUCUUGCGCCUGGCAAGCCUGUGCCAAGAGACAGCACAGAGUUACACAUUUGGGUGUGGCCAUGGAUUGGCCGAAGAGGGCCUGUAUUGUAAUGGCUGUUUAGCUCAACAGUGCAUCAAUAUCCAAAACGCUUUUCCUGUCAAAAGAGCCAGCAAAUACUUUUCUUUGGAUCUUGCCCAUGAAGACGUUCCAGAAUUUGUUGUCUGAUGCUGUCACUGGGUGCUAUAGCAAGACAACUCAGCCAAGUGUUUCCAUUUCCAAAACCCCUUUCUGGUGUGCCAUACAAGAAUUUUCCCCUCAACUUUUUUCCCAGGAUGCUAAGAAAAUCAAGGCCUUGUAAACUGUUGCACUUUUAUAAAUGUUUGUCCUAUAUGUGGGUUCUUCAGCACCAAUGUUUGCCAUGAGGCGGAAUUUGAUUUGGAUAAAAUCAGUUGGAUCUAGAAGACAUGGUCUCUUCUUUUGAAAGCGGCCAACUUGGAGUACCUCUUGUCUUACAAGAAGGAUGCACAAUGUUUAUUUUAAGUAUAGAUAUAUCUCUUUAUCUGUAUUUUUUUAUUUGCUAAUGGAAGCUCUAAGGCUUCUGAGCUAUGCAUACCGUAGAUUUUUGCAUCACCUUUGCAGUUCAGUUCUUCCCCUUGUGAGAAUGUCAGUUUAUUUCUUCUCUUUUCCCCCAUUUGUUGUGCCAUGUCAAGCCAAAGAAAUGCACCCUCCAACGUGGGUGACUUCAAGACAAAGCUGUAAGCAAUAACUAACCCAAAGGACAUCUGUGUAGAAAAGUUGCUCGGAAGAUGAAAGCAACUUGAGAUGCAAUUAAUCCAUCUUGUGAUCUUCCCCUUCACAAAAAAAAAAAAAAAAUAUGUGAGCUUUGAUCCAAAUGGAACCUCUGUGCUAUUUUGUAAAGUUUACCAAAAAAACCCAAACCAAAACAAAAAAAUCCCAAAAUAGAUGUUAGGUGGUUUGGGAAACUUUCUGGAAGCUUUGUUGUUUCAAAGGUGGGGGGGGGGGAACCCUUAAGAAAAUAUGAGGAUGUAGCAAUAGGAUUUGCUGACCAAAGUACCUUAAGUUGAGAGAGAGAUUGAGAGAGAGAGAGAGAGCAUGCGCGCGAGAGAGAAUAUAAAAAUAUGCACAU